AUGGAGGGGAGGGGGACGUGGCCCUGGAUAACGAUGAACCAACGUGCCAUGGAGGGGGAUGUGGCCCUGGAUAACGAUGAACCAACGUGCCAUGGAGGGGAGGGGGACGUGGCCAUGGAUAAGGAUGAACCAACGUGCCAUCGAGGGGAGGGGGAUGUGGCCCUGGAUAAGGAUGAACCAACGUGCCAUCGAGGGGAGGGGGACGUGGCCCUGGAUAAGGAUGAACCAACGUGCCAUCGAGGGGAGGGGGACGUGGCCCUGGAGCCGCUGGUGAUGACAUUGAUUAGUUCCUCAUCACCGUUUGUUGCUUUGUUUUCUCUCUGUUUCUCCACUGAUACACUAAAGGAAGGGGAGGUCUGGUGCACCAAGAUAACAUUGUCAAUUUAGUUGUAUACUUGGCACAUUCACUCUUAUCCAGGGCAAGUCACCUAGCUUGCAACUGUAUGUAUUAUCUACCUAAUGAGGCAGAUUGGGUUAAGCCCCUUGCCUGAGGGCACAGCAUAGUGUCCUUGGUUCUACUGGAUGUAGCCUCCCACUGGUACACACUGGUUGAAUCAACAUUGUUUCCACGUUAUUUAAAUGAAAUUACGUUGAACCAACGUGGAAUAGACGUUGAAUUGACAUUUGUGCCCAGUGGGCAUGCAGAAUUUGGUUUUGCUACGUACCAGAUUAGCCUACGGUUUCUCAUAGAUUUUUAACAACAUGUAAUGACAUCACACAUCAAUAAAAAUAGACAAACUUAGCAAUAACAAUAAAAAACAAUAAAACUUCAGCACCAAAUCAACCAAAUUGGUCUCUCAGUAAAAAGCAGCAGUUAGACUUGUUUCUUCAGUCUUUAGUAUUCUGGAGGAGUUGGUCUCUGCAGGCUUGUGGCCGUUGCCAGGGCAGUGUAUAGAGUCCAUUCUGUGCAUGGCCUCAGAGUUUAGGGGCCUUCCUUUGGGUGUCGGAGAGUGUCCUGCGCCUCUGACUAAUCACCUGGGAUACAACGCAGGGGAAGGGACCAGAGGGUCUGGAGCAAUGCUCUAAUUAACUUUAUCCCAAUGAAUCUACAGGACAAACCCCCAUUCUGUCAUUCUUUGUUUUUAAAGGGUUCAGUGAAGGAAAUGUGGUGGAAAUGAAUCAGGUUUAAUCUAAUUAGAAGUAAUGGAUUACUCUAAAGUGAGGCAGGAAUGUUGAAAGGUCACUGGUAUUUCUUUCUGCACCCUCUAGGUACUGGAGUGGAUGCUACCACAGGCCAGGAUGUAAACAACAGGCCAGGAUAUCAAAAACAGGCCAGGAUGUCACCACAGGCCAGGAUGUCACCACAGGCCAGGAUGUCACCACAGGCCAGGAUGUCACCACAGGCCAGGAUGCCACCACAGGCCAGGAUGCCACCACAGGCCACGAUGUCACCACAGGCCAGGAUGUCAAAACAGGCCAGGAUGUCACAACAGGCCAGGAUGCCACCACAGGCCAGGAUGCCACCACAGGCCAGGAUGCCACCAAAGGCCAGGAUGUCACCACAUGCCAGGAUGCCACCACAGGCCAGGAUGCCACCACAGGCCAGGAUGUCACCACAGGCCAGCCAGGAUGCCAUCACAGGCCAGGAUGCCAUCACAGGCCAGGAUGCCACCACAGGCCAGGAUGUCACCACAGGCCAGGAUGUCACCACAUGCCAGGUUGCCACCACAGGCCAGGAUGCCACCACAUGCCAGGAUGUCACCACAGGUCAGGAUGUCACCACAGGUCAGGAUGUCACCACAGUAGCGAUGGGGGGUCCCUGGUAUGUCACUGUUGCUGUAUGUACCGAAUAAAUGUGGGGAGAAAAAAGAAAAAUAGAUACUCAUUAUGUUGUGUUGUGUUAGUGAACAUGGCAUCUUCAUGCAACUUUCAACGUUGUCUGUUGGGGAGCAAGGAAGGCCACUGCUCCAGAUUUAGAACCUCCUGAACUGGUCCGGAACUGGUCCUGAACUGGUCCUGAACUGGUCCUGAACUGGUCCGGAACUGGUCCUGAACUGGUCCUGAACUGGUCCUGGGUGUCAAAGUACAAUUGUAGCUAUUAAUACACAAAACAUACAAAAAUAUACACUCAUAGACUCACACAGACACUCACUCAUCGUAUUCGAUGUUGACACAAAGCCACUCUACAUAUGUAUCCUCACAUUGACCUGAAUACACUCAAACAAAUAGUUAAAAAUCAAUGUACUCAUAGCCACAUGUUGGCACCUCCCACUCACCACACACAUAAAGGACAAAAUGAGAGGCUAGAAAAUAACCAAGAAUUCUCUGUGGAAUGUGGUUAGAUCACAGUUUGAGACAGGUGACCUGGAGAGAGCUCAGGAGGAUGGGAAGGGCAGAAAAGUACCCAGGGUGGUUAGUGCUAUGCUAGCUAGAACGCAAAGACCCUCCUACUGUACAUGUUGCAUGUUAUUGCUUCAUUUUGUAUCUCAAUGAUGGAAUCGUUCACAUAUUGGACUGGUUACUGGCAUAGUGAAUUCCCCAAGGAAUACAUGAGUGGAACAGCCUUCUUGGUCUAUGGCAGGGUUCCCAAACUGGCGGCCCUGCAUGCAGUGAAGGGGACAUUGCCCUGCUUAGUGUGCUGUCUUUGGGAUGGGGCGUUAAACGGGUGUCCUGACUCUGUGGUCAUUAAAAAUCCCAUGGCUCUAGUAGGGGUGUUAACCCCGGUGUCAUGGCAACAUUACAUCAUGGCUACCUAAUUAUCCCCCUCAUUCCUAAUUGGCAUAUAUCACUCCUCAGCUAAUGUGUGGUGAGCAUUCUGGCACAGAAAAGGUCGCCGUACAUUACCUAGGUGGCUGCUACACAUUGGUGGUGGAUGAGGUGAGUUUCCUUCUACUAUGUAAAGCGCUUUGAGUAUCUCAGUUGGUAGAAAAGCGCUAUUCCAAUCAAUUAUUAUUAUUAUUAAAUGUAAGCAAGGGUUGAAAUGUUUAUGUUUUAGUUAAAUAUUAUAUCAGUUUGGCAGUCAAUUUGCGGUCUAAAAAUUAUUUGUAAUUAUGUUCCGGCCCCCUGACCAUCCGCUCAAGGAAAAAUCAGCCCGCGGAUGAAUCUAGUUGAUGAUCCCAGGUUUCCCCAACUCGGUCCUGGGCCCCUCUGGGUGCAUGUUUUGGUUUUUACCCUAGCUCUACACAGCUGAUUCAAAUAACUAACUCCCUCUCUCCUAUCUCACCCCUGCCUGUGCCUGGUAAACCAUCUGCUUCCUCUAACACAUGCAGUCCUAUCUCUCCAGUCCUAUCACUGCAGUCCUAUCUCUGCAGUACUAUCUCUGCAGUCUCUGCAGUUCUAUCUCUGCAGUCCUAUCUCUGCAGUCCUGUCUCUGCAGUCCUAUCUCUGCAGUCCUAUCUCUCCAGUCCUAUCUCUCCAGUCCUAUCACUGCAGUCCUAUCUCUGCAGUCCUGUCUCUGCAGUCCUAUCUCUGCAGUCCUAUCUCUCCAGUCCUAUCUCUGCAGUCCUAUCUCUGCAGUCCUAUCUGUGCAGCCCUAUCUCUGCAGUCCUAUCUCUCCAGUCCUGUCUCUGCAGUCCUAUCUCUGCAGUCCUAUCUCUCCAGUCCUAUCUCUCCAGUCCUGUCUCUGCAGUCCUAUCUCUGCAGUCCUAUCUCUGCAGUCAUAUCUGUGCAGCCCUAUCUCUGCAGUCCUAUCUCUCCAGUCCUAUCUCUCCAGUCCUGUCUCUCCAGUCCUGUCUCUGCAGUCCUAUCUCUCCAGUCCUAUCUCUGCAGUCCUGUCUCUGCAGUCCUAUCUCUCCAGUCCUAUCUCUCCAGUCCUAUCACUGCAGUCCUGUCUCUGCAGUCCUGUCUCUGCAGUCCUAUCUCUCCAGUCCUAUCUCUCCAGUCCUAUCACUGCAGUCCUGUCUCUGCAGUCCUAUCUCUGCAGUCCUAUCUCUCCAGUCCUAUCUCUGCAGUCCUAUCUCUCCAGUCCUGUCUCUGCAGUCCUAUCUCUGCAGUCCUAUCUCUGCAGUCCUAUCUCACCAGUCCUAUCUCUCCAGUCCUGUCUCUGCAGUCCUAUCUCUGCAGUCCUAUCUCUGCAGUCCUAUCCGUGCAGCCCUAUCUCUGCAGUCCUAUUUCUCCAGGCCUGUCUCUGCAGUCCUAUCUCUGCAGUCCUAUCUCUCCAGUCCUAUCUCUCCAGUCCUAUCUCUCCAGUCUGACCUUUCUCUCUCUUCUGGCUCAGGAGGACUGA